UCUCUAACACUCUUUGCUCACACUCAUGCAUCUCUCUCUAUAUAUACCCCUCUCACACCACCUAAUUCUUUCCAAUAGAAACAACUCAAGUACUACUACGUACUACAUCAUCUUACUUGGAUCUUCACACACCACACAGCUGUUGUUGUCGAGCUUAUAAUCUUCUUAAUUUGCAGUCGGAAUGGAGUUGAUGAAUAGUGGAAAGAGGCAACUUCUGUCGAAAAUAGCUAGCAGUGAUGAGCAUGGUGAGAACUCUCCUUACUUUGAUGGAUGGAAAGCAUACGAUAAUGAUCCUUUCCACCCCACCCAAAACCCUCAUGGAGUUAUACAAAUGGGCCUUGCUGAGAAUCAGCUUCCGGUCGACUUGAUCGAAGAAUGGAUCAAGAAGAACCCUAGUGCUUCAAUCUGCACUACUGAAGGACUUCAUGCAUUCAAGAGUACUGCAUUGUAUCAAGAUUAUCACGGCUUGCCAGAAUUCAGACAUGCUGUGGCCAAGUUAAUGGCAAAGUCAAGAGGUGGGAGGGUUAGCUUCGAUCCGGACCGCAUAGUAAUGGCUGGGGGGGGCGAGAUGUUAAUGUUCUGUCUGGCUGAUCCUGGUGACGGCUUCUUGAUCCCAUCACCUUACUAUGCAGCAUUUGAUAGGGACUUGGGAUGGAGACCUCGGGUGCGAUUAUUGCCUGUCACGUGCCAUAGCUCUAACAAUUUCCAAAUUACGUUGGAAGCUCUAGAAGCAGCAUAUCAAAGUGCCCGAAAGGCCAAUAUCAAUGUCAAAGGUUUAAUCCUCGCAAACCCUUCAAACCCAUUAGGGACCACGUUGGAUACCUCCACUUUGAGAACCCUAGUCACCUUCAUAAAUCACAAACAAAUCCACCUUGUCUGUGAUGAGAUAUAUGCAGCCACCGUCUUCCGUGGUCCGAGUUUCCUAAGUGUUUCCGAGAUUAUUCAAGAGAUGGAAUGCAAUCGCGACCUAAUACACAUUGUCUGUAGUUUGUCCAAGGACAUGGGGCUUCCGGGCUUUAGGGUUGGCAUAGUGUACUCAUACAACGACACGGUGGUGAACCUAGGUCGAAAAAUGUCCAGCUUUGGCUUAGUGUCUUCCCAAACGCAACAUUUGUUAGCCUCAAUGCUCUCUGAUGAAGAAUUCGUGGAACGAUUCUUGUCAGAGAGUGCAAGAAGGCUCGCGAGCAGGCACGACUCGUUCACAAAAGGGCUGGACCAAGUGGGAAUAAAAUGUUUGAAAAGCAAUGCUGGGCUAUUUUGUUGGAUGGACUUAAGGCACCUAUUGAAAGAGCCCACAUUUGAAGGCGAAAUGGGCUUGUGGAAGGUCAUAAUAAGUGAUGUGAAGCUCAACGUUUCACCGGGGUCGUCGUUCCACUGCCACGAGCCAGGGUGGUUUAGGGUUUGCUUUGCGAAUAUGGAUGAUGAGACCGUGGAAGUUGCACUGAGGAGAAUCCGAGUGUUUGUGGGGAAAUACAAAGAAGUGGAGGUUCAAGUGAAGAAGUCAUGGCAAAGAAACCUAAGGUUGAGCUUUCCUACACUAAUGUACGACGAAAACAUGGCUUCAUCGCCUCGUAUGAUGUCUCCUCAAUCGCCUCUUGUUCGUGCUCGUACCUAAUAAAUUUCUUACAAGAAUAGAUACAUUUUUCUAGUUAGAAGAAUAAUUUCUUACGAGAGUAAUGUAUGGAUAGUGUAUCAUUUCAUGGCAAAGAAUCAAUGGUUCAUGUACUCUAUGUAGUAGUCAUAAUGGGCUCAAACCCAAUCAAAACUCGACAUGAAAGAGGAUCUAAUUAGUAUACUAGGCUGAAUGAUGGUUGGGCCUUAAAUGAAAUAGUUUAUUGGGCCUUGGCCACCAACAUUUCAGUUUAAGCCCUCUACCCUAUGUCAGUAUUACCAAUUUAUGCUCCAAAAAUUAUUGUAAGAAUUCAUC